AUGCGGGCUCUUCAAUUCUCGUCCGUGUUUCUUGCUGUAUUCGGUGCCAGUGGCUCUGUCAUAGAGCGUCAAAGUCAAGGCGGUGGCUUUGGCGACGGUCAACCGAUCGAUGGCAAUGGCAAGGGUGCUCCGUUGUCUGGUGGCACAAACCACGAACUAGAUCUCCAGAACCCAGAUAAUCUAGGUCAGCAGAGCACCGACAAUGGUGUUGUUCCCAACAUCAAAUGGAGUUUCUCAGACUCUAAGACGAGAAUCUUAAGAGGUGGUUGGGUCCGCGAGCAAGUUGUCACGGAUCUCCCUACCAGCAAGGAAAUAGCAUCCGCGCAGCAGCAUUUAACCAAAGGCUCAAUCCGUGAGCUUCAUUGGCACAAAGUGGCUGAAUGGGGAUAUUUGUACGCUGGGUCGAUCUUGGUGUCUGGCGUUGACCAAGAUGGCACGUACCAAGCUGUCAAGCUUGAAGAGGGAGACAUCUGGUACUUUCCCAAAGGUGAAGCUCACACAGUCCAAGGCCUUGACGAUGAGAAUGAAUUCCUCUUGAUUUUUGAUGACGGUGACUUUGAUGCCGUCGGGACCACAUUUAACGUGGAUGACUGGAUUUCGCACACCCCCAAGUCAAUCUUGGCAAAGAACUUUGGGUUGCCUGAAUCUGUGUUUGGUUCAGUCCCAUCACCAAAUCCAUACAUCCUAAACGGAACAGUUGACACUCAUAAUGUGACUGGUGGCAAUGGAGAACGCACUGGAAACGCCUCCUUUGCUUAUUUCUCCAAGGACCACCCUCUUGAAAAGGUACCCGGUGGGGGCGGCACGCUUCGCAUCGUCGACUCCCGGACUUUCCCAAUUGCGACGACUAUAGCCGCCACUGUCGUCACUCUCGAACCGAAAGCUCUGCGGGAAUUGCACUGGCACCCCAAUGCUGAAGAAUGGCUUUACUUCCACAAGGGCCAAGGACGCGCGACCGUAUUCCUUGGCAGUGCUGCCGCCCGGACCUUUGAUUUUAGAGCUGGGGAUACGGGUGUGUUCCCCGAUAAUAGCGGUCAUUAUAUCGAGAACACCUCGGAUACUGAGGAUUUAGUAUGGAUCGAGAUAUACAAGAGCGACCGAGUUGAGGAUAUCUCAUUGACCCAGUGGCUUGCUUUAACCCCAGCGGGUAUCGUCGCCGAGACUCUGAAAAUCCCGGUUGAAAUCGCAGAGAACUUGCAGAAAGAAAAGCAAAUCCUUAUCAAAGACAGGUAA